GUUGCCUUGCCCUUUCUGUUUCUGUUCGACACCCUCAGAAGGCGGCGCACACUUUCAGAAACACGUUUUAUGCUCGGCAAUGCAGUCCUGCAUCAACCGUGCCUGCAAUGGCAGUAAAAUCUCAACAGGACCAGCCUUGGCGGCAUCAUUUCCGCGCCAAUUAACAACAGUUGAAGAAACGUUUGAAGACCAACCGGUUACUGUUGGUUUCCAGCUAGGAUCGACACCAGUGCACAGGGGACUCCUGCAUGAAGUGGCACAGCGCAGAGCUAUUCUUCACCGAAGAACGCACAGCUUACCUUCCGUGGACUCUGACGGCGACCAUUCAGAAAGGAUUGAGUCUCCUCAGCAUUCCGUGUAUGUGAUAACGAAGGCGAGAAAAAGGUCUUGCAUCGCCUCGGGCGACAAUGGCUCGGACAUUCGCUUUCGUCACAAGAGGUCGUUCUCGGCAUACAUGUCCAGCAUUGAGAAUGCAUCUAUGCUGUGGAAGAAUCUGACGUCACUGUUGAGCUACAUCUACGCCAUAUUCGUGGUUGUCUUUGGAGGUAUCUUCACUAUGAUACGACCCGUACACGUAAUAGGGAACGAAGCCAUCCGCAUGGACCACGUGUUCAUAGCAACAGCCUGUUUCGUUGGACUUUUCUGGCUGCUGUUCCUUCACUGCGACCUCACUCGGUACGAACGACGGAUGCGCAAGGAACGCAAUUCAGUAAGCCAUCUGGACAGCGGGUCACUGAGGACGGACGACAUGUUCAACUGGUUCAUGAUUGGCAGACAGAGCGGAUACAGUUUCCUUACUGGGCGGCACAGUGGCAGCUUCUAUCUCAAAGUGGGCAUGACAGUGUUCUGCUGCGGUCACCUGAUACACGAGGGCCUGCUUCUUGGACAGGAGAUUAUAGCCUGGAUGAGCUCAAAGCCGGACUGCGGAGAUGUGUCAGUCCUGACUGUUCACAUUAUUACUCCUAUCUUUUCAUUCUACCAGCUCUUCUUCAUGUUUAAAUACUCAAACAUCGUGAUAAACCGGUUCGUAGGCUUCGCGCAGUUUGGCAUCAUGCACUGUAUUGCCACGUCGCUGAGCUUCUGGUUCAGCACCAUUGUUGAUGACGCUUACGGUGAUUUUGUGGAAGCCAGUUUGGCUGUCGACGGCCUCAAUAGCCAAGCGACUAACAGAAGUAUAAAAGCUGCUGACCAGCUCAGGAACACCUCCAGCGUUGUCCGCACCAGCUGUUCGGCUGCUGACCUCUUCUCGCCUGCGUACUUGGCACCCAUGCCCUACCUUUACCCCUUCACCAUAGAGUUCAACCUUCUUCUCGCUGGUGUCUGGUUCAUCAUCUUGCAGAACCUUGGCCAGUCUGCUCAGUCCCACGAGGCCGAACGGAGAAACUCCGUUGAAACUGUCGAGAACAACUUCGUCAUUAGCGCCGAUUGCCAUUCUGCCAACAGAGGAAUCUUCCUCGGCUUUAUGGUACUCUUGGUAUCUCUUGUCAUACUCAUAGUAUUCUUUGUGACUUCGUGCCACGAAAAACACUUGGAAACCGGAACGCUGGUUUAUCAUAUCCAAGAUGGCGGACUGAUGCUGCUUGCGUUUGUGGCGUGUCUCAUGGCUUACACGAGAGUUGCCCGGCUCGAUGUGAACGGCAACCCCAUCACGCUACUGGACGACUUCCUGCUCUUCAUUCCGCUGCCGUUUUACUUCGCGCACGCGAUACUCGUGGUUAUGGCCGAGAUUCAAGAUGGCGGCAGUACGGUGCGCAUUGUGCUGCAAGUGCUAUCGGUUGUGCAAGUCAUUACUCAGACGCCGCUGAUUAUUGCUGGGUUGAGGCGGUGCAGCAACUGUCCUGCUCUGAGGUAUGAGAAGCCAGGCAGAGAGGUAAUCUCUUUCCUGAUAGUGCUCAAUAUCACCAUGUGGAUCGUGUACACAUUUGAAACAAAAACGGCCGGUAGAUUUUUCAUGGGAAAGUCUUACUACGGUCUGUACGCGUGGAUCUUUGUCGAACACACGACGGUACCGUUAAUGCUGUUCUACCGGUUUCAUUCUUCGGUAUGCCUGGCUGAUAUUUGGAAGUCCGCUUAUGAGACGGAGUGAUCAUAAGACACCGUGUAUUUACCCGUAAGAAAGGCUGGCACUUGCGAGAGGAGCUCAGUUUACACGGCACUGGUCGUGUACUAUGUGUAUUCUCCAGUUUCUGUUGUUUACAAUCAUUUAAGUGUGUCUGUUGUUAGUGUGUGUAUACACCACUCAUUGUUCUGUUGAAACGGUACCGCGUUAAUUUUAAAGUCAAUUUUUAGAUGUUAUGCUGCGUUGUACUUUUACGAAUAAAUUUUUACACCCACGA